AUGUCUACGAAUUUGGUAUCCUCACAAACAAUUGCCAGACAUAAUACUACUUCUGAUUGCUGGAUUGUUGUGGACAAUCAGGUUUGGGACAUUACAGACUUCAUCAACGAGCAUCCUGGUGGCCCAUCCAGAUCUGCUCUACCCGAAUAUAUGCUGAUUGAUACAUUAGUUAUACUGAAAUACGCCGGACGUGACGCUACAAAGGCGUACUCAGCAGUUCACUCCCCCAGCGUCAUUCGCGAGGGCCUUCCGGCGGAUAAACUAAAGGGCACCCUUGACCAGUCGACUAUUGAUGCUGAGUGGCUAAAGAAACCUCCUCAGGCAGCUUUCAAGGGUGUUGGAGAACAUGAAAAGCCACCAUUACAUACUCUGAUCAGCGCCCAUGACUUCCAGCUAGUCGCCUCCAAGACAGCCCCUGCCAAAACGUGGGCCUUUUAUUCCAGCGCGGCCAACGAUCUCAUUACCCGUGAUGCAAACAAAUCGUCCUUUGAUCGGAUCUGGUUCCGUCCUCGAGUGUUGCGCAAUGUACGGGAGGUCAACACUACAUCCAAAAUUCUGGGCAGUAGCGUGAGCAUGCCUCUGUUCGUCGCACCCAGUGCAAUGGUGAAGCUGAUUCACCCUGACGGCGAACUGGGUAUUGCACGCGCAUGUGAGGCAAAGGGUAUCAUGCAAGGCAUCUCGAACAAUGCAUCUUUCUCCCUGAAGGAGAUCAGCGAGGCAGCCCCAAACACCAAAUUCAUCUUCCAGCUCUACGUGAACAGGGAGCGUGCCAAAUCUGCAGCGCAGUUGCGAGAGUGUUCUGCUAACUCACAGAUCAAGGCUAUUUGCAUUACUGUGGAUGCAGCCUGGCCUGGUAAGCGGGAAGCCGAUGAGCGCGUCAAGGCAGACGAAAACCUGAGCUUGCCCAUGGUUCCGGCGAAGGGUAACAACGACAAGAAAGGCGGUGGUCUGGGGCGGGUUAUGGCUGGCUUUAUUGACCCGGGACUUACGUGGGAGGACCUUAAGUGGGCACGACAGCACACGCACCUCCCGCUCUUGUUGAAAGGAGUGCAAUCUGCGGACGAUGCGAUGAUGGCCAUGGAGGCGGGUAUUGAUGGUAUCAUGCUGAGUAACCACGGUGGACGGAACCUGGAUACGAGCCCGGCGUCGAUAAUAACGCUGCUGGAGCUUCACCGACGAUGCCCCGAGAUAUUCGACCGGAUGGAGAUCUAUGUCGACUCCGGCAUCAGACGGGGAACAGACAUCCUCAAGGCCGUCUGUCUAGGGGCCACGGCCGUGGGUAUGGGAAGAAGCUUUCUCUUUGCUUCCAACUAUGGCCAGGAGGGUGUUGAGCACUUGAUCGAUAUCAUGAGAGACGAGCUGGAGGGAGCCAUGAGAAACAUCGGCAUCACCUCUCUCGACCAAGCGGGCCCUCAGUACGUCAACACUGCUGACAUUGACCACCUGGUGCCCAACUCGGCUUCUCAUCCGUAUGCAAGAUCUGUCUCACGCCAGCGGCCAUCUAAACUAUAA